AGGUUUUAUCUUUGUUUGCGUUGGCUAAUCUUCAAUGUUUACAAGGUAACGGAGAUGGAAGCAAUUUUGCUACAGCAUAAUACAGCAAUGCCAGGUCGACAUAUUCUUGAAGCUCUUGCUGAUAAGUUUAGUGAAACAGUGGAGCGGAAGGGGAAGAUUGUUGUGCAGUUCAAACAAAUCUGGAACUGGUUCCAAAAUAAGAGAUAUGCUCUAAGAGCAAGGGGAAAUAAAGCUCCUGGGAAGCUAAAUGUAUCAUCCAUGCCACGUGGUGUGGAUGUGACAAACCAGAUGAGAAAUGUGCUUCAACCAUUAGCCGGUCCUAAAACCACUCAUAUGCCUGGAAACUUGCCCGUCAUGACGCCUGCCCCUUCUGGUAUUUUAGUUCCCGGUGUCAUGAGGAGUGGUUCAGACAAUUCUUACUUGGAAUUUGAAGCCAAAUCUGCCAGGGAUGGUGCAUGGUAUGAUGUGCAAGCUUUCCUAGCUCAUAGAAACUUGGAGAUUGGUGAUCCGGAAGUGCAGGUUCGAUUUGCGGGUUUUGAAGUCGAAGAAGACGAAUGGAUAAACGUUAAGAAGCACGUGAGACAACGGUCACUCCCAUGUGAAGCAUCAGAAUGUGUUGCAGUUCUGGCUGGAGAUCUCGUACUUUGUUUCCAGGAAGGCAAAGAUCAAGCUCUUUACUUUGACGCCAUUGUUCUUGAUGCACAAAGAAGAAGGCACGAUGUCAGAGGCUGUCGUUGUAGGUUCUUGGUGCGUUACAGCCACGACCAGUCUGAGGAAAUCGUUCCCUUGAGAAAGAUUUGCCGACGGCCCGAGACUGAUUACAGGCUACAGCAACUUCACAGCGCUUCCAACGACUUCAGUAACUCGAAUCAGCUCCAGAAACCCGCUCUAGAUGCGGCUGCAAAAACCCCUCUUUCACAAUCCGGCGCAUCAGUUCCCAUUGCUCCACCGGAGCUGAAAGAUCCGAGCUUGACCGCCGCUCCAGCCACUUCGGUUCAGCCUAGCUCCAAUGCAGCCACUGUCCCAGCUGGUUCUGCAUAG